AUGGGGGGCGGAGGCCAGCAGACGGAGUCAGGCGAGCCGGCCAAGGGUGACAGGGGUGGGCUCGGUGGAGGGGGAGGAGGGCGAGGUGGCAGUGCAGUCUACACCUGGGAAGAGGUCCAGAGGCACUCUCACAGAGGCGACCAGUGGUUGGUCAUCGACAGGAAGGUCUAUAACGUUACCCAGUGGGUGAAGAGACACCCGGGGGGCAUCAGGGUCAUCAGUCACUUUGCUGGAGAAGAUGCCACGGUCAGUAGCCUAACUAUGGAAGUUGUUGGUGAAAUGUUCUCAAGCUAUUCCAAUAAGACUGUUGCAAAUGUUAUAAUGUUGUAGGUUUAGAAAUGUUUAGUAGUCUGUCACUGUAUGACAUAUUACACAAGAUGUUAGUGGAUUGUACAUUUAUGGAUCCUAAUAUCAUGAUAAUCUCUCAACUAAUCUCACAGUGAAUUAAAAUAUAUAUAUUUUUUACUUGGAGACAGACACUGAGUGUACAAAACAUUUGGAACACCUUCCUAAUAUUAAGUUGCACCCCCUUUUGCCCUCAGAACACCCUCAAUUUGUCGAGGCAUGGACUCUACAAGGUGUCGUAGGCGUUCCACAGGGAUGCUGGCCCAAGUUGACUCCAAUGCUUCCCACAGUUGUGCUAAGUUGUCUGGAUGUCCUUUGGAUGGUGGACCAUUCCUGAUACACAUGGAAACCUGUUGAGUGUGAAAAACCCAGCAGUGUUGCAUUUCUUGACUCACUCAAACCGGUGCGCCUGGCACCUACUACCAUACCCCGUUCAAAGGCACUUAAAUCUUUUGUCUUGCUCAUUCAACCUCUGAAAGGCACACACACACAAUCCAUGUUUCAAUUGUCUCAAGGCUUAAACAUCCUUCUUUAACCUGGAUUCACCUGGUCAGUCAUGGAAAGAGUUCUUAAUGUUUUGUGCAUUCGGUGUAUAAAGGACAUUUGUAUGUAUUUCUCUUAAACAACACAGAUUCAUCUAUAUCUCUGAUUUCUAGGAAGCAUUUUCCGCCUUCCAUCCCGAUCCUAAUUUUGUCCGGAAGUUUCUGAAGCCGUUGCUGAUUGGUGCGCUGGCACCCACAGAGCCCAGCCAAGACCAGGGGAAAAAUGUGAGGAUGCCUAUCUUUCUCUCUCCAUCUCCCUCUACAGCACCACGCCCAUAACAUACAUCGCUGUAGGCUACAUAAUGAAACAUAGAAUGUGAAGCCUAAAGCAUCUCUCCAUCUGACAUAGCACCACGCCCACUCUAACAUACUGUAGGUUUAGGAAGGGACCCGGGGACCAAUGUGAGGCCAAUCUUUCUCUUGCUAAUAGGGAAUUCCAUGCUACUCAGACAGAAUGCUGUGCAGAAUGUUACUUUCUACGACUGUGGUAAGAGCAGGUGUGAUGUGUAUGGAGAUAUUUCAAGACAAGGUUUACCUCCUACAGAUGUAGUGUGGCAUCUUCAGUCAUCUACUAUAACUAGGGCACAUUAUACCAGCCUGUCUAUGUGCCCAGAUGCCCCGCUGCCCGCUGUCUGUUUACCUAUUCAGGAGUCUUACCUCUUAUCCUGGUACUCUUCAGCUUUCUGUUACUCCUAUUUCCUUCUUCUUCUUCUUCUUCUUCUUCUUCAGGUUUCUCUUCUCAAAUUACACUGUCCUCCUCCUCUCCUCCACUCCCUCAAUUCUCAUCUCUCUACCAUCAUCCACCUUCCUCCUGGUUCAUCUUGGCUUUAUCACAGUUUGUCUUUCUGCAAUUCCUCGCAUCCUGUCACCUCGCCUCCUCGAAUCAAUAACAGUUUAAUUGAGAAAGACCCCUUACUUCAUACAUCUUUAUUUAUUAUUGAUCACCUCUACGCCAUACAGGCAGCACUGGUGCAGGACUUCCAGGCCUUGCGUGAUCGUGUGGAGAGGGAGGGACUCCUCCGUGCCCGCCCCCUGUUCUUCAGCCUCUACCUGGGCCACAUCCUGCUACUAGAGGCCCUGGCUUUGGGCCUGCUCUGGGUCUGGGGGACCAGCUGGAGCCUCACACUGCUCUGUUCCCUCAUGCUGGCCACGUCUCAGGUACCAUUACAGUAUUAUUAGGAAGCAGAAGGAGAUAUUUGACAGGCAGAUUCUAAGGUUAGGUAUAGGGAUCUAAGGUUAGGGUUAAGGUUAGGGGAUUAGGGUUAGGGUUAAGGUUAGGGUUGGUGGGGUUAGGGUAAAGGUUUAGGUUAGGGUUAGGGGAAAGGUUAAGGUUAGGAUUAAGGUUAGGGGAAAGGAUAGGGUUGGUGGGGUUAGGGUAAAGGUUUAGUUUAGGCAUAGGGUUAGGGUUAGGGUUAGGGGAAAGGUUAAGGUUAGGAUUAAGGAUAGGGUUGGUGGGGUUAGGGUAAAGGUUAGGCAUAGGGUUACCGAACCACCUUUCAGACACCAUUCACAAUCUGCAUUUCUUUUUUCCUCUCAGUCCCAGGCUGGCUGGCUGCAGCAUGACUUCGGCCACCUGUCAGUCUUCAAGAAAUCCAGUUGGAAUCACAUACUGCAAAAGUUUGUCAUUGGACAUCUAAAGGUAAGCUACUGGACAAUGGUUGGACAUUUGUCAAUACUGUUUAUUUAGGCUGAUCUUCUGCUACUCUUUAGGCCAGUUUACCGGACACAGCUAAAACCUAGUCCUGGACUGAAAACCAUUCUCAAUGGAUAAUCUCUUUUGAAAGUACAUUUUACUCCAAUACUAGGUCUGUGUUCAGGAAACUGGCCCUUUCACUUUCCUACAUUCACAAGAGCAGUGUUACAUUUCCAAGGUCACUGCUCUACAUUAGCCGUAUUUAGUGUAGUGUCCCAACAGUUGGAAGUUACAGUAAGUGUAAUUGUGUUCACCAGUGAUACGUAACAGUAGCUGUGUGUUUCCAGGGUGCCUCUGCUAACUGGUGGAACCAUCGUCACUUCCAGCACCACGCUAAACCCAACGUGUUUAGUAAAGAUCCUGAUAUCAACUCACUGCAUGUCUUCGUCCUGGGAAACAAACAGCCUGUAGAGGUAGUUAUCACUAUAAUGGAUCUGUGAAUGUGAUCCCUGCGGGAACUGAACCCGCAACCUUAGUGCUUUAUGACCCAUCUGACUCCAUGUCAUAUUUGAAUAAUAAUGUAAGAAUUCAUGUAAUAAUAUGAAUGUAAUAGUUAAUUAAAUUAAUGUAAUAUUCAUGAAAUAACCAUGUAACAAAAACCAUGUAACGGUUUGGCUCUGUAGUGUUGAAACGGUAUUAGUGCUUCUGUGUAAGAUCCAUCUGACUCCUUGUCUCUGUCUAUUGCAGUAUGGUAUAAAGAAGUUGAAGUACAUGCCUUACCAUCACCAACACAAGUACUUCUUCCUCAGUAAGUUUCAUGAAUUUCUGUAUAGCAUCACAUCAAUUAUAGCAUCACAUCAACUUCCAUUGAACACAUAAAAGCAAUAGAUAGACAGCUGAUGUACAGUGGGGGGAAAAAAGUAUUUAGUCAGCCACCAAUUGUGCAAGUUCUCCCACUUAAAAAGAUGAGAGAGGCCUGUAAUUUUCAUCAUAGGUACACGUCAACUAUGACAGACAAAUUGAGAAAGAAAUAUCCAGAAAAUCACAUUGUAGGAUUUUUAAUGAAUUUAUUUGCAAAUUAUGGUGGAAAAUAAGUAUUUGGUCACCUACAAACAAGCAAGAUUUCUGGCUCUCACAGACCUGUAACUUCUUCUUUAAGAGGCUCCUCUGUCCUCCACUCGUUACCUGUAUUAAUGGCACCUGUUUGAACUUGUUAUCAGUAUAAAAGACACCUGUCCACAACCUCAAACAGUCACACUCCAAACUCCACUAUGGCCAAGACCAAAGAGCUGUCAAAGGACACCAGAAACAAAAUUGUAGACCUGCACCAGGCUGGGAAGACUGCAUCUGCAAUAGGUAAGCAGCUUGGUUUGAAGAAAUCAACUGUGGGAGCAAUUAUUAGGAAAUGGAAGACAUACAAGACCACUGAUAAUCUCCCUCGAUCUGGGGCUCCACGCAAGAUCUCACCCCAUGGGGUCAAAAUGAUCACAAGAACGGUGAGCAAAAAUCCCAGAACCACACGGGGGGACCUAGUGAAUGACCUGCAGAGAGCUGGGACCAAAGUAACAAAGCCUUUAAAUCCUACAAUGUGAUUCUCUGGAAAACAUUUUCUCAUUUUGUCUGUCAUAGUUGACGUGUACCUAAUUAUGAAAAUUACAGGCCUCUCUCAUCUUUUUAAGUGGGAGAACUUGCACAAUUGGUGGCUGACUAAAUACUUUUUUUCCCCCUAUGUAUGUAUGUAUGUAUGUAAUACCUAUGUAGUAUUUUCCUUCUGUCUCUCAGUUGGACCUCCACUACUUAUUCCAGUGUAUUUCCACAUCCAGAUAUUGCGGGCCAUGUUUUUACGACGGGACUGGGUGGUGAGAUUUCAUACCAACUAAACGUAUACUUAAUCCUCUUCAUUCCUAUGUGGAACAUAAAGCUUCCACGAGAGAGAGACACACCUGUAAUGAUAUGAUUAUGCUAACACCUGGGGGCACUAAAUGCUUGUUCAUUGCUCACUAAAGCUAGCAAGCAUAAUAUUGCACCACCAACAACACACUGACUGUACCGUCAGAGAUGACUAACUUCAUAAUCACAGUGAUAAUUGUCGCUUUGGUAGGAUCCCAGAUGUGAUAAUGUCUGUCCAUAAUACCAAUCUUUGUCUCCUGUGAAGGAUCUGGCGUGGUCGAUGACUUUCUACCUCCGCUUCUUCUGCUGUUACUACCCCUUCUUUGGUCUCUUUGGCUCAGUCGCAAUGAUUAGCUUCGUCAGGUAA